UCAAAAAUCGCCCGAGUCAUUGCAUCGCUUGUGUUGUCUUCAUUUUUAAUCUCCACGCAAAAGUAGCAAAAAUGAUCGACAGUGAGCUCGUUAUUCCCGAUAAGGACGAGUCCGACACGAGAACAAUGAAGGACGCAGCAAACCCACUGGAGGAGCAGCUGGAAGAGGACCUUUACAUCAAAUACAAGAAACUGCAAAAAAUGCUCGAGUUCCUUGAGGUGCAGGAAGAGUACAUCAAGGAUGAGCAGCGUAACUUGAAGAAAGAGUAUUUGCACGCGCAGGAGGAAGUGAAGCGCAUCCAGUCCGUACCGCUCGUGAUUGGCCAGUUCCUGGAGGCCGUCGAUCAAAACACCGGAAUCGUGGGUUCGACGACGGGGUCCAAUUACUACGUGCGCAUUCUUUCCACGAUCGACCGGGAGCUGCUGAAACCAUCGGCCAGUGUCGCUCUGCACAAACACAGCAACGCGCUGGUGGAUGUCUUACCACCGGAAGCGGACAGUUCAAUCUCGAUGCUGCAGCCGGACGAGAAACCGGACGUGCAGUACUCGGACAUCGGUGGCAUGGAUAUGCAGAAGCAAGAAAUUCGAGAAGCCGUUGAGUUGCCGCUGACACACUUCGAGCUCUACAAGCAGAUCGGUAUCGAUCCACCACGCGGUGUGCUCAUGUACGGACCGCCCGGAUGUGGCAAAACGAUGCUUGCGAAAGCUGUGGCUCAUCACACGACGGCAGCUUUCAUUCGUGUCGUUGGCUCCGAGUUCGUGCAGAAGUACCUCGGCGAAGGUCCACGAAUGGUGCGCGACGUGUUUCGUCUGGCGAAAGAAAACUCACCCGCUAUCAUCUUUAUCGACGAGAUCGAUGCGAUCGCCACGAAACGGUUCGAUGCUCAGACCGGUGCCGAUCGAGAGGUGCAGCGUAUCUUGCUUGAGCUCCUCAACCAGAUGGACGGGUUCGAUCAGACAACGAACGUGAAGGUGAUCAUGGCCACCAACCGUGCCGAUACGCUCGAUCCGGCGCUGCUACGUCCCGGACGAUUGGAUCGAAAGAUCGAGUUCCCACUGCCCGAUCGUCGCCAGAAGCGACUGAUCUUCUCCACCAUCACCGCCAAGAUGAACCUCUCGGAGGACGUAGAUCUGGAGGAUUUCGUGGCGCGUCCGGAUAAAAUUUCCGGUGCUGAUAUCAACGCUAUCUGCCAGGAAGCGGGAAUGCACGCGGUUCGGGAAAAUAGGUAUAUCGUAUUGGCAAAGGACUUUGAAAAAGGAUAUAAGAACAACAUCAAGAAGGAUGAAACUGAGCAUGAGUUCUACAAGUAAACCGUCGGAGAGUGUCUGAAACUUUCUCCACAAGCUGUGGGACUGAUAAAUUUUCUUUUUCACUGUGUUUGAAUAAAGAUCAUUUCAUUUACAUUAAAA